AUGACCCUAGCCACCAAAUCGGCCGCCUUUAGCCACAAGAGACCCCAUCGGAAGUCCAGGAAUGGUUGUCAGCAAUGCAAGCAAGCAAAGAUCAAGUGUGACGAGUGCAAACCUUUCUGUGGCCGUUGCAGCAGGUUCCAAAACAGAUGCUCGUUCGUUGAGUUGCAGCCCAACAUCUCGCCUGCUUCACGCACGAGUGCUCUAUCAUCACCCACGAGUCCACCCCCAGUCGGACUCAGCGACAGCGCUGACGACGAUACUCCCAAUCCCUCGGAAGCACUGCCUACAGUCACUCGCAUAGACUCCGAGGUUAACAACCUCGAGCUACUACACUUUUACACUACAUCAACAAGUUUAACAUUAUCCAGCCGUCCAGAGCUGCAACAAAUCUGGCAACAGGCAGUUCCUCAGAUUGCCUUCAAAAAUCUCUUCCUUCUGCAUGCCAUUCUGGCCUUCACCGCGCUACAUAUCGCACAUCUUCAACCUGAACGCAAAGGCCUCCUGCACGCUGAGGCUGCUGCCCACCAUAAUACCGGACUCAGAUUGUUCCGAGAUGCUAUGGCCAACAUCACCCCUGAGAACUGCGAUGCUUGUUUCACCUUUUCGUCACUCGUCGCCGCUUACGCAUGGGCAUCUUCGGACCAGCAUGGCAAUUUGUUCUUCUCAGAUGCGGCGACUUCUGAGACCGACUCCAGCGUCGAAUGGAUUAGCCUCCUACGAGGUGUCCAUACUUUGCUCAGGGCAGCGGGCGAAUGGAUGACAUCCGGUCCAAUGCAAUCGCUUUUGAGACCACGCCAGAUGGACCCCGAGUUGGCAAGGGUGCUUGAUGCUGAAGCAAUUGCCAAGUUGACAGCAUUGAGCAAACUCUGGAAUUCAACACCAGGGAAGUUCGAUAGUGAAGAUAUGGCAACAUUGAACGAAGCGCUCUCGCUGCUACGUGAAGCCCAUGGCUUGGUGGCAUCGGCUGCCGUCGACCGGGACAUUGAUGUAAUUUUGGUGGUCUAUGGGUGGCCCAUCCAGGCACCAGAAUCGUUUUUCACCAUGGUCAAAGAGGAGAGGCCGGAAGCUCUAGUAGUAUUGGCCCAUUACUCAUUAUUGCUGAACAAGGUCGACCACUUCUGGUACAUGCAAGGAAUGAGUAGACGUCUACUUCAGACUAUCAACAGCAAGCUCAGCAAGGAGUGGGAGUGCUGGAUUGCUUGGCCACUCCAGAAUCUCAUACUGACCGAGUUUCGGAAUCAUGGGGAAAGGAUCAAUUCAUGA